GCGCACAUUAGCACCAUUGGCUCCUAUACCCCUUCACCCUCCUUUCUCUGACUCCCCAUCUGCUUAACCAUAACCUGCGAAGAGCAAGAAGACAAAGAAAUCCACCCAAGCACGUAAUUUCUAUCUAACGUAUAAAUUUGCUGAGAAAAUUUCGUGGAAAGAAAAUAUUAUUAUGGGAAGUACCUUUCUUUCUCCUCCAUUGAAACGAACAAUUCAUUAUUCUACAAUCACUGCCGGUAUGCCUGACCCGAACUCUAUUAACGGAACCUCCAACAAACGUUCCAAACCUCUUGCUCCUUCUCCUUUGCCUGUCCCACCUGGACACGUGUCUUUCCGCCUCCUCUGCCACGCUUCUCGCAUUGGCGGCGUUAUCGGUAAGUCUGGUAGUAUAAUCAAGCAGCUUCAGCAAGACACUGGUGCCAAGAUCCGUAUUGAGGAGGCUCCGGUUGAGUCACCUGACCGGGUUAUUACCGUUAUUGCUUCGAGUACUGUUGUUUCGAAAGUGGCAGUUUCGAAUGAUGGUAGUGGUAGGCAGGAAAUUGAUGUGUCCAAAGCGCAGGAGGCUUUGGUUAGGGUUUUUGAGAGGAUUUUGACUGUGGCGGCGGAGAGUGAUGGGAUUGGUGUUGCUGGAGGGGUGGUUUCGUGUAGAUUGCUGGCGGAGGCUAAGCAGGUUGGGUCGGUUAUUGGGAAAGGAGGGAAGAUUGUUGAGAAGAUAAGGGAGGAUUGUGGGGUUAAAAUUAGGGUUUUGACUGAUAAGUUGCCUGUUUGUGCGGGGUCAACGGAGGAGAUGGUUGAGAUUGAGGGAGAUGUUUUGGCGGUAAAGAGAGCGCUUGUUGCAGUUUCUCGCUGCCUUCAAGAUUGUCAACUACUUGAUAAAACAAGGAUGAUCAGCAGCAAACCUGCUGAAACAGUUCCCCUAGAACCUGUGCCUGAAAUACGUGUAGAUGUUCAUUCACAGUCACAGCGUAGUUUGGUGCUACCUGCUAUGCCAAGUAGUACCUUAAGUUAUGCUUCAGGGGCUCAUCCUUUGUCAUUAGAGACUCAUCAAGUCCCCUCCCUGGACGUAAAGUUGCCAGAACAAGUAGUUUUUAAAAUUCUUUGUUCAAGUGAGAAGGUUGGGGGUGUUAUUGGAAAGGGAGGCACCAUUAUUAAGGCUCUCCAGAAUGAAACAGGUGCUUCUAUUACUAUUGGACCUACUUUGCCUGAAUGUGAUGAACGUUUGAUCACUGUCACUGCAGCAGAGAAUCCACAGUCUCGUUACUCAGCAGCACAAAAGACUGUUGUUCUUGUUUUCUCAAGGUCAAUAGAGGCUGGCAUUGAGAAGGGACUAGAUUCAAGCUCAAGUAAGGGACCUGUUACGGCAAGGCUUGUAGUACCAUCAAACCAAGUUGGUUGCUUGUUGGGAAAAGGAGGCACUAUUGUUUCAGAAAUGCGCAAAACAACUGGUACUGGCAUAAAAAUAUUAGGAGGAGACCAGGUCCCAAAGUGUGCGCAAGAGAAUGAUCAAGUGGUGCAGAUUUCAGGAGAGUUGCCAAAUGUGAAGGAUGCAAUAUACCACAUAACUGGCAGACUCCGAGAUAACCUAUUUUCCAGUGUGCUUACUGCUCCUGGAACAAGGAAUGCUUCUGUAAUAACUGAGACUAGUCCCUAUAUAAGAUUGAGAGAGCCAUUGAGGGAUACAUUUAGGGAUCCAUUGAGGGAAGCAGGGAUGGAUCCUUUGAGGGAAGCUGGGAGGGAUCUAAUAAGAGACACUUUGGGGAAUCCGUUGAGGGAUCCAUUGAGGGGUGCUUUGAAGGAGCAUUUUAGGGGUCCGACCCCUCUUAAUUUGCACUCAUCUGUAGGUUUUUCUCAUAAUCUAAUUAGACACACUGCUUUAACACAUAGUAUGGAUCAUCUUGGACUGUCACGUAGUAUAAAUCGUCCUCCUUCACCAAGGUUGUGGGCAUCACAGACAGUAGCAGGAGCAAAUCCAAGAGGCAUCACAGAUGUCAACAGAGGACUGUCAUCUUUUAAAGGAGGCGUAGAACUUGGCAGUGGAAGCAAGUCUGCUAUCGUGACAAAUACAACUGUGGAGAUUGUAGUCCCUGAAAAUGUUAUUGGCUCUGUAUAUGGAGAGAAUGGUAGCAAUCUCACUCGUUUGAGACAGAAAUACAGGACAGGUGAGAAUUGGAUUUCUCUAUCGACAUGUCAUCACCCAGCUUUCAAGCAAUCAAUUUCUUGUCAAUGAUGGAAAGUGACUGUCAAGCGAGCAGAACCUAUGAUAAAUGUGAGUUUUUUCAUAUAGUCAGUCAUUUAGUUCUUUUUUGAAAUUAUUUUGCUCUUAAUAUGUCCAUACUAUAUAUGAUUGUAUAGAAUUUAUGCUUGUUAGUCGUUACUAGCAUUUUAAUAAUCACUUCUUUGUCAAAAGUUGCAAUCUUCAAGAUGUAGAGACUGACAAAAGUCACCAAGCAAUGAGCAACAACUAAACAAGCCAAGGGAGAUUCUUUUGGUAACUUGGUUUUUUAGUUUCCCAGGUAGACAUUGUCAAUGACAUAUUGUGGAUUCUACAUAACCCAUUAAUGGAAAUUUACUUCGAAGCAUAAGCAAAAGCAGAAACGGCAAUAAAUGCAAUAAUAGUUCAGCUAACUAAAGAUUUUGUCAAUUACGAACUAUUAAAGGAACUUAGACGUUGUGAAUGACAAUCGUGAAUGGGAGCCACCUUAUGUAGAAUUCCCAAACUAUAAGGUAAACGAGAUCUUUUAUAGCAUUUGAGCUGGUCUUUUUCAAAAUGCUGGAAUGAAAAUAGAAACAAAAGAAAAUAGUUGCCAGAAGUAAAAGAAAGGAAGAAAUUAGAUGCCAUUGACCAAGAACUUUGAUACCUUAUCGUUGCUCUAUGUUCAAGCAUAAACUCAACAAAGGAAACCAAAAUACAACUUAAAGAAAGUUUCUUGUUGCACAACGUUAAUGUAUAUAUUAUCACUAACUGCAAUUGAUGGAAGAAACAAGUUCUGAUUGGGUUAAAACCCAAACUCUUUUUAAUUCUUCAUAGCUGAGGUAGCUGCUGUGGCAGUUGCUGGCUGAGAUGUUGGCUUGAGAGUGAUUUCCACAUUGUCAUGCACUCCCUGUAAUAGUAGCUCACCAUCAUAUGUUACAAUUUUGCGCUUCUUUGCUGCUCUUAGUGUUCCAACUAGUGCUUCAAAUAUGUUUGCACAUCUAUCAUCAUUGAAUAAUACACCAAAGGUCACCUAUAAAAUAGAAAACUAAAAAUGAGACAUUAUUUGAUCUCAACUAUCAAAAAAGAAAACAACAAUGGCGUAGGAAGUAUUGGAUUUAUUAGAAAGGGGUAAAUGUUCUUCCCUUUCAUGUGUUGUGAUGUGUGAAAUGGUGAUUCCAUUCUCCAAAGUACACACUUUCAUAACCUUUUAUGGUGUCAAGAGACAGGAUGCUUUGAUGAGUAUCUGUUUGCAGUUAUAGCAAGAACGAAGAUUUGAGAUGUACCGAUUGUGAAGACACCCAAGACUGAAGUAUGCAUCUAGUUUGUCUUUUGCAAAUGGUGAUGACAAAUACAAAUUAAGGAGGUUAAGAGCCUGUGUUUCUCAUAUUAUAUGUAGCUUUAUUUUAAGCAGUUUUACGUUGAUAAUAUUGUUGAUUCCCCCUCUUGUAAGUGAUGAACUUCUCUGAAUAGGUUUGCUAAUAUUUUUUACUGAUGUAUUUUUACGUUGUCCACUUCUACUGAUAUUUUUUUAACCCAAAACAAAAUGGAAAAUAGAAUUCA